UCCAGUGAUGCCUUGGAUGGCUUUGGCAUAACCGAAUGCGGUUCACUGGCCUGUCUCUCCAGUCCCUGUCGCAAUGGAGCGGCCUGCAUAAAAAUCGAAACCAACGAAAUAGAUGAAAACGGUGAUAAGCUGGAGAAGUGGAAAUGUAAAUGUCCCACAGGAUAUAUGGGCCCGACAUGUGAGAUAUCGGUGUGUGAAGAUAAUCCCUGUCAGUAUGGAGGAACAUGUGUACAAUUUCCAGGCAGUGGUUAUUUAUGUCUGUGUCCAUUGGGCAAGCAUGGUCACUAUUGUGAACACACAUUCCUUCCUCCUUUAUCUAUAUUCCUUGAUGCAACUGCAAAUUUUUCAGACUUGGAAGUGGCUUUGCCUUCAUUUUCGGGCAGUGUUAAUGGUUUAUCCUCCUUUGUGGCCUACACCGUGCCCAUACCUUUGGAAUACUCCAUGGAAUUGAGUUUUAAGAUUUUACCCCAGACCAUGUCGCAAAUAGCUUUGCUGGCUUUCUUGGGUCAACCGGGCUAUCACGAUGAGAAGAGCGAUCAUUUGGCCAUUAGUUUCAUACAGGGCUACAUUAUGUUGACCUGGAAUUUGGGUGCCGGCCCUCGGAGAAUAUUUACACAAAAACCCAUUGAUUUUCGUUUGGAUGCUCCGCGUGUACCUUAUGAAAUUAAAGUGGGUCGCAUUGGUCGCCAGGCCUGGCUGUCGGUUGAUGGUAAAUUUAAUAUAACCGGACGUUCACCUGGCAGUGUCAGCCGUAUGGAUGUGAUGCCCAUCUUAUAUUUGGGUGGUCAUGAAAUGGCCAAUUUCAAUACACUACCACACGAUUUGCCUUUACAUUCCGGCUUUCAAGGUUGCAUUUACGAUGUUCAUCUUAAGGCUGGUCAGGUCACCGUGCCACUGCAGGAGACCAGAGGAGUGCGGGGCAGAGGUGUGGGACAAUGUGGCACCAGAGAAUGCCAUCGACAUGCAUGUCAACAUGAUGGUGCUUGUCUUCAACAUGGAGCGACAUUUACUUGCAUUUGUCAGGAGGGUUGGUAUGGACCAUUGUGCGCCCAGCCUACAAAUCCUUGUGAUUCAUUUAACAAUAAAUGUUCGGACGAUUCUACAUGUGUGCCACUUGUCAACGGAUAUGAAUGUGAUUGUCCUGUCGGUAGAACGGGCAAAAAUUGUGAUGAAGAAAUCCGUGCCCUCAGUGAUGUCAGCUUAACCGGAAGACGUUCAUAUUUGGCCGUCCGAUGGCCCUACCUCUACGAUAACUCCGAUAAAAUAGGUGCCAAACGUUCACAAAUGAUAAGCUAUCGCAAUUUCACCAAAAAACUAAUGCCACCCAAACCCAUCUCCUCAACAAAUCAACAUUUUGUUAUGAAACUGCUCAAUGAAGUAGAGAAACAACGAAGUUUUUCACCAGUACCCCUAAUGGGCUCCAAAUCAUUUGAGGAACAUCAUCGUGUACAAUUCUUCUUUAUUGAAUUCCAACUGAGACCAUUGUCGGAAAGGGGACUGCUAUUGUACUUUGGCACUUUAAACAAUAAUCUAGAUAAGAAAAUCGGUUUUGUUUCGUUGUCUCUGCAAGGAGGUGUGGUGGAGUUCCGCAUCUCAGGACCCAGUAAUCAUGUGACCGUGGUGCGUAGUGUACGUAUGUUGGCUAUUGGUGAAUGGCAUAAGAUUAAAAUGGCUCAGCGUGGUAGAUGGCUGACAUUGUGGGUGGAGGGUAGUGCUUCAUCGGCUUUGGCACCGUCAGCGGAAGUCUUGAUAGAACCCGAUGCUUUGCUGUAUGUUGGCGGCCUUAAGGAUUUAUCGAAAUUGCCGCAUAAUGCUAUAUCUGGUUUCCCCAUACCUUUCCGCGGCUGUGUGAGAGGUUUGGUGGUGAGUGGCACCAGGAUUGUGUUGAAUGAAACAAAUAUUAUAGAAUCCCGCAAUAUUCGCGAUUGUGAUGGCACUGCCUGCGGCGGUGAUUCCUGUGAGGCUGGCGGCCACUGUUGGUUGGAUGAAAAGUUACAACCACAUUGCAUUUGCCCAGAAUAUGCCAAAGGUGAUCGCUGUGAAUACUCGGAAACUUGCAAGUUAAUACCUUGCAAAAAUAAUGGCCGCUGCUUGAGAAGUGGACGUUGCUCGUGUCCCAAUGGUUGGGGUGGCUUCUAUUGUGAAAUUGCUUUGAGCAAACCAACAACACCAAGUUUUCGUGGCAACAGUUAUUUGAUCUUGCCACCACCACGCAUUCCCAUGAAAGACAAACGCAAAGGUCCCUCCAUGUACAUAAGACCACGAGAAGCUUUACAAAUCUCAUUGAAUUUCUCAACAAUUGAACCGGAUGGUUUACUCAUAUGGAGUGAACAUGAUCGCAUGAAAUUCUUAGGCUUAGGUUUGGAGAAUGGUCAUCUUAAAAUUGCCAGCAACUUGUUGGGCUCCGACAACGAUACCGUGGCAUCACCGGCCAGUGGUUUCCUUACCGAUGGCAGUUGGCAUAUGGCUAAAGUAAUAGUGGAUCGUGGCAAAUUGGAAUUGCAGUUGGAUGGUGAGGUGAUAUUUACGGAGAAGUUGGCAUUGCAGGAGUUAAUACAGCAGAGUUCGAGUACACAGUCGCCGUAUCGAACGAGUAGGAGGAAUUCGUUGGUAACGAGAAGGGGCAAAGAGCCAACGGUUACGUAUGAGGAUAUCUUCUAUGUGGGUGGUUUCCCUAACAUGGAAUCGGUUAGCAAACGUACCCAGGGACGAUAUGAACAACCCUUCAAAGGCUGUCUACAGGACAUACAAUUUGGAGCCGAACCGAAUGCGUUGAUUAAAGAUUUCUCAACAUAUCAAGGUGAAAAUAUUGGCUCCUGUGAUUUGCACGGUGAUGAGCCCAUUCUAGUGUAGGAUUUGAAACGAAACAAAAACAACUUAAGAAAAAAUAUAUU